GACUGUAUCGCAGCUGUAUUAAUACUGUCAAAGAAAGACUUUUCCUGGAGCCCCAUUGGUUUGCUCUUGAUGUCUUAUGGGAAGUAGCCUUAGCUGCAGUUUGGACGGACCAAUGAGCGCCGCGAAAUUGCUCCCAGCUGUCGUAACUACUUCUCGUACUACUCACUCGGCCACCCUCAUCUUCCUACACGGACUCGGCGACAGCGGCCAUGGUUGGUCAUCCGUUCUGAAGGAUAUCAUACCGGACUGUUGUAAAUUGAUAUGCCCUCACGCGCCUUCUAUGCCUGUAACGCUCAACCACGGCAUGCGUAUGCCCGCAUGGUAUGAUAUCUACUCCCUAAACGCCGACGCAAGACAAGACGAAACCGGAAUCCUCGAGGCCUCCGCGGAAUUGGAGAAAUUUGUGCAGGCGGAAAUCGGCCACGGUAUCCCCUCCAACCGUAUCGUCAUCGGCGGCUUUUCACAAGGCGGUUCACUCGCUCUAUUUCACGCCCUGACAAAAAGUCGUCCGUACGCCGGUGUGGUCGGGCUCAGCUGUUGGCUGCCGUUGCACGAAAAGCUCCUGGCUGAUCAGUCGACAAUCGUCAUACCUCGUGAUACGGCGAUUUUUCAGUGUCAUGGGACAAGUGAUUGCAUUGUAUCCCAUGAAAUGGGUCAAAUGACCCACAACGUACUAAAAAGUUUUCAAUUGUCCAAGUGCGAAUUUAAUGAAUACCCUAACAUGGGACACUCGUCUUGCGACCAGGAAUUGGGUGAUUUGCAGUCCUUUUUAACGAAAUUGUUGGUGCCCGCAUAA